GUUAGGAGUCUCUCUACGAAUUAGGUCCGAUCCGAUUUAUCGCCGUUGGGUUCCUCAGCGGAGAGAGUCUCGGACAGGCGGAGCCCUAGAACAAGAGCAAGAGCUUCACUACGUUCCUCUGAAACUUGGAACUUUUCUCCGCACCAGAAGAGGCUGGAAAUGGCAAACCCCAUGGCUCGGUCGUUCCUCCAAGUUGCGGCUUCAGAGGAAGUCGCUUCGCCGCUAAGAGUAGUUCAAAUCGAGGGACUGGCCAUAUUGAAGAUAAUUAAACAUUGCAAGGAGUUUUCUCCCGCAUUGGUUACUGGGCAGCUUCUUGGUUUAGAUGUUGGUAGUGUUCUGGAAGUAACCAACUGUUUCCCCUUUCCGAUUCGGGAGGAAGAUGAGGAGAUUGAAGCAGAUGGCGCCAACUACCAACUUGAAAUGAUGAGGUGCUUGAGAGAGGUUAAUGUUGACAAUAAUACUGUUGGAUGGUAUCAGUCAACAUUGUUAGGAUCUUUCCAGACGGUGGAGUUGAUUGAGACAUUUAUGAAUUACCAGGAGAAUAUAAGGCGGUGUGUGUGCAUUAUUUAUGAUCCAUCACGGUCAAAUCAAGGAGUUUUAGCUCUCAAGGCCAUGAAGCUCACAGAUUCUUUCAUGGAUCUUUACCGUAACAAUAACUUUACUGGGGAGAAGUUGAGAGAGAAAAAUUUAUCGUGGGUGGAUAUCUUCGAGGAAAUACCUAUUAAAGUUUCAAAUUCUGCACUUAUCAGUGCCUUCAUGACAGAGCUGGAGGCCGAGACACCAGUUUCCCAGCAGUGUGAUUAUGAUCGUUUACAAUUAUCAACCAGUCCAUUUAUGGAGAGGAAUGUAGAAUUUUUGAUUGAAUGUAUGGAUGAUUUAUCUAUGGAACAGCAGAAAUUCCAAUUUUACUAUCGGAACCUCUCCCGUCAACAAGCCCAACAGCAGGCAUGGCUUCAAAAGAGAAGGGCAGAGAACAUGGCACGUAAAGCUGCAGGAGAAGAAACAUUGCCUGAAGAGGAUCCUUCAAACCCCAUCUUUAAGCCAGUUCCAGAGCCAUCACGAUUGGAUAGCUUUCUAAUAACAAAUCAAAUUGCUAACUAUUGCAAUCAAAUCAAUGGGGUUGUGGGUCAGAGCUUCAACAGAUUAUAUCUGAUGAAGGCUUUACAAGAGAAUUGACUAAAGCGAGCUAAAGCCCAUGUAGAGGUAUUUGUUUUGAGUUGGGGGGGUUCUACAUUGUUGCUGGAAGUGGGGCUUCUACAUUGUUGCUGGAAAACAGAAGUUGAACCAUCCAGCAAUUUGGUCUAUUGUAUGGUUUUAGCAGAUUUUAUAUACCAGCAUUAGUAGGUAAUUGAGUUCGUAGGAAACGAUUUUUUGGCGAUGGCGAGUCAUCAAUCAUAAUUUUAUUUCUCUGCACAAAAUUAUUGCUUUGAGUUCA